AGAGAGAGUCAUUAGCUGUGGCGGCACGUUGCACUUGCAGCACUUGCGCACGCUCAGCUCACCUCUCCGCUUAGAGAAGCUUCUCCACGCCGCCGCUCCGUCACCAGCCGCCGGACCGGUGGUCCGAGGGCCGUCGCUGAGGCUCCACCGGCACCGAGACAAACGAACACGGUACCGAACACCACCACCCCGCUCCACUCCUCUCAACCCUCCUCCUCUCGGUGUUGUUGCGCUUCUGCUGCAGCGUCCAAGUUCAGGUGAGCCUCGUCACCGGCACAACAAGUCCUCUCUCCGGUACUGGGAUGCUUGCUCAUUCCCGUUAAAUGUGAUGUUCUAAAUGGGCCGCGCAGGAUGUGAAGCCUCGCUAGAAGAAGCAGGAGGAUGGCUAGACCAGGCUUGUCUGCGGCGGUGCUGCUGCUCCUGCUGGGCUUCCUCUCGGUGUCCUCCGUUCAUGCUGACACCCUGCUGUCAGCUCCACUCAAUGUGACCAUCAGAGAGAUUGAGGGAAACUCCGCCAUUGUCACGUGGGAAAUCUUGGAGGGGGACCCCGUCAUUGGAUUCGCCAUCACUCAACAGAAGAAGGAUGUACGCAUGUUGAGGUUCAUCCAGGAAGUCAACACCACCACGCGCUCCUGUGCAUUGUGGGAUCUGGAUGAGGACACGGAGUACAUCGUUCACGUUCAGAGCAUCAGCAUGGGAGGCAGCAGCCCCGCCAGUGAGCCGGUCCUCUUCAGAACGCCCAAAGAGUCGGAGAAGAUGGCGUCCAAGAGCCCAGACGAGGUGACGAUGGAGGAGUUUGGUCAGGAUGCUCAGCUGAGAGCUGGAGAACUCAUCAUCAUUGUAGUGGUGCUCGUCAUGUGGGCAGGGGUGAUUGUCCUGUUUUGUCGUCAGUAUGACAUCAUCAAAGACAACGAGCCCAACAACAACAAGGACAAAGCCAAGAACUCCUCAGAGUGCAGUACUCCAGAGCACCCACAGGGGGGGCUACUGCGCAGCAACGUCUAAGACCAGCCCUGCAUAGCCUUGUGCAAUAACCAACUCCUCGAACCUCAGGACAGUUCAGUAAAUUUGUUUCCUCCAGAGCCUGAGACCAACAGAAAGCCAUUCUCAGACACCAUUGUACUGAAGAACCGAUAAACCAGUACAGGAACUCUUCUCUACACAAUGAAGAACUCUUCAAAAACAAUGGACACAAAUCUGAACUUGCAUAAUCAAUGGCUGCAACCAGGAAACAGAAGAGGACAAACCUACUUUUACCUUUGUUGUGACCAAAACUGGACUGUAGCCAAUGAGCGGACAGCCAAAUAAUACACAAGACACAAAAUGUCUGUCAGUCAAAGCAUGGGAGGGGACGUCAUAUCCUCUUGACAAGAACUGCUUGAUUCAUACGUUCUGGUUACUCUUCAUCAGUAGCAUCGAAUCCCAAGAGCGGAUCAUCAGACUUCUUUUUUUUUUCCAACUUCAGGUUUGUAUCACUGGUCAGAGAAAGCAGAAAUGUAAGUUGCUUCGUAAGAAUAGCUGGUCCUUCAGGUCCAGGAAUUAGUCAGCACACAACUAAACAAGCUAAGCUCUGUUUUAAACCAAGGACUUUCUCUUUUUCUAUCUCUCCAUCCACAGUCUCUCCUUUCUGUCUUUAUUACUGCCCUUUGUGUAGCAGCUCAUCUCUCUCCCUGUCUAUCUGUGUCGGUGUCUCUCUAAUAAGCACAUUGACGUUUGGUGCUCCUCCUAUUGUGAUUGUUUGAGCCCUCACAAUCCCAGUCAGUAUCAUUUUGUUAUUGGGUUAGAAAUAUUGCACGUUGAGUCUUGUCUCCUGCCUUUCUCUCUUUGUGUCAUCAGUUAAAUGAUGCAUCUGUUAUUCUCUCCUUUCUGAACUGGAACCUUAAAGCCCUUGUCAGUUCGGGGAUAAAAUAUGACACUUUUCUUUAUUUAUUUUUUACAGUGCACCAUAUGUUCCUUAUAUGAGUUGGAUGACAAAUAAAUACAUCCAUGAUUCAGAAAAAGUUCCAACGAUUGACCAGGCAAGCUCUCAUCACAGUGGUGUCUCGCUUAAAAUCUAAAUUUUACAACUUCCAGGUUUGAAAGCCAGAAGUUUACUCAUGUGUCAAACUUUGAAUAGACUGGCAUCGCUGGGAAAUGAUAAUGAUGAUUUAGGUUCAAAUUUAGGUUUAUUGUUCAUCACUACAUAUUCAGCACCAUAUGCUACCUAUGGUCUGCAAUAGAAUGUGCAGGUAAU